CACAUAUUUAUAUAUGGUCGCUGAGGGUCCGCCGAGUCAUACAAGGGACGCUUAAAAACGAGAAGACUGGCCAUUUCUCUUCCUACAAGAAUAUCAUGCCCCCUGAAUCGCCUCUCAGUUUCUUCACCAGCGUCUCUGAUUCCCCUUGGUUAUCAUGGUCGCAUGUUGACCUCGAUGUCGCGUCCGGAAUGGCAAUUUUUUUCGGAGGCCAAGCAGCCGUAUCUGCGCUUGCAUUACGGCCACUGUAUGGUCGUACAUGGCAUGGAUGGUACAACGCACCUGGAUGCCAUGCAAUUGUGUGGGAGCUAGUGAAGACAUUGUUGCAGGGUUCCUUCUCGUCGUAUUCAGAGAGACUCGCGCUUUCUCUCGGCCUAGAUGGCAAGGAAGGGCCGAAAUACAUUGCAUCGCGGUCAGGAACGGUCAUGCAGCAUACUCGCCAUCUCGCCCACGUGCUGAAUAAUAGCAAUUGGAGGGGGGAGUCGGUGGUCGUGGGUCAGAGGAUCAGCCCGACGCCGAUGCAAUUGAUGAUCGUGGACUUCAAGAAGAAAGUGUUGACGGGAAAUGACACGCUGCUCCCAAGAAGUUCUCAUCAUUCUUCCUUACCCAUAAUCGCUACCACCGCCAGCAUCGCAGCUUGCGCCAUUUGCGCCAUUGUUGAGGACUGGUUGUCCCUCAAGAUGAUUCUGCUCGGAAUGGUCUCCUCUGGAAUCACCUCCUUCAUCAUGUCCACUGGGAAUAUCACCCUCGAACGGCUUAAACCGGCAGAUGGAGCUCCGCGUGGAGAUGGCAUGCUACUGUCAGAUACUCGCAUCAUAAUAUUGAGGGGCAACGAGGAGGACGUUAACGCUGUGACCAAGGGAAAACUGCGAUUGAAGCUCAAAGGAGGGGGUUACACCCUCCUUCUCUGCGUGUUCAUAGCCUCGUUGCAGGUUACCCUACAACUCAUCUUCAUGCCUUCCGGAUCGCUAGCAGGACAACUCAUGUUCCUAUCAUCGCUCCUAGUGUCUGGGGCAUGCAACUUAUAUCUAUCAGCAAAGGAAGAUGACGUGCAGUCAAGCGCCCUCAUCACCCUACUGAAUACUCCAGAGGUGAAAACGUACCAGGCCAGUUCUAGGGCAACCGCUGCUGUUCUGGCGUGCCUAGCGCUCUGUUGGGGGUCUACGACGCCACCUACGCAAGUCCUCCAGGAGAUUGUCCCCAUCAGACCAAAAGUGUGGAAGGCCUGGUCUGAGUUUCUCGUAGAGAAUAUCGGGAAGAAGAGCAAGGAAUUCGUGUAUGGGGAGUCGACGCACGAUCUGGACGAUCGAGAGGAAAAACUCUUGCUCGAGCUUAUUGAUGAUGCUCAUGCAGCGUACGACCGGUAUAUUGAGGAUCACAAUAUAUAAUAUAUUCAUUGCAUAGUUGUAUCGGUAUCUGGGCCAUGUAUAAUGAUAUGCUUGAGUCUGUGCAAUACGAAUCUUAUCAGCCUACAAGUAAUGAUAUAUGCAAAAAAUUCUCAUUCAAACCUUCUGCAUGCGUUGCUUCUGAGUAUACACUGGUUUCUUCCUCCGGACUUGGACUUGUGGAUGUGCACGUUGGAAGAAAUACACAUUUUAUGGACUUCAGUCACUUCACUGACUUGUUAGCCUCUGUGACAGGUUUAAGUUUUCAAUAUUUAAACAGCCGAUAUACAAAAUUUACUUGAUCUUAAUUCGACGCUCCCGUCGUGACUUCAUACACAUCGUCCCCAGGACGCCAUCCAAGCACCUCACUCCAGAACUCCAAAAUUG